AAUUAACGUGCUAUUUUUGGCUUUCGGCUUAACAUUCGCUUUUGCGCUUAUCUCUGAAGGAAAUGCGGAUGAAGAGUGCAUAAGACGCGAUUCUAAACCUGGAUAUCGUAUGCUCCUAAGGAAAUGUUCAUUCAUAUCUAAUAUAUUUGUAAGAAAAAAGAAAGGAACUCAACUCUCAGCUGAUAAUAUCUUCUACAUCCAGAAUUCAAACCUUGAAAAAAUAAAUAAAACGGUAUUUGUGUGCUGUGAAGAAAAUGAAAAGAUUGACCAGGCAAUUCAUAAUCUGUCAAUAGAGGAUUGCGGGAGAUUUGCAAUUGAUAAGAUAAUGGGGGGUCAAGAAAUUCAAUUAAUGUCGAGACCGUGGUUGGCUCUUCUUUAUUUUAAAACCAAAAAUGGAAGUUAUGCUUUCAAGUGUGCUGGUACUUUGAUAAACAAACGUUACGUGUUAACAGCUGCUCAUUGCUUCUUAGAUCAAGAACUACUAUCAGUCCGUUUGGGAGAACAUUACAUAAGUCAGGAAAGAGAUUGCAGGGGAGAUUUUUGUGCGCCACCAGUUGAGGAUAUUGACAUUGAACGUAUUUUCGUGCAUGAAAAAUACUCGCGUGUUACUCGUCAUAAUGAUAUUGCUCUAGUAAAACUCUCGAGAGACGUGGAAGUCAAAGAAAACAUUACGCCUAUUUGUUUGCCCACCAACUAUGAUCUUCAACAAGAAGUCAAUAAUAUGGCAAAAUUCCAUGUGACUGGCUGGGGUAAAAACGAAAAUGGGCCGUUUUCAGAUUUUCCGAAGCAAGCCCGUUUAAAUCGUAUAGAUCGCUUACAAUGCCAAAACUCUUAUCCUAGUCGAGAAAUCGUUUCCACACAAAUCUGCGCAGGUGGCGUUGGAUAUGAUUCCUGCAAAGGUGACUCUGGAGGUCCAUUGUCGUAUAUAAAGUAUUUGAAUGAUUAUCAACGGAUUGUUCAGUAUGGCGUGGUUAGUAUUGGAAAACGUGAAUGCGGAAAUGGAAGUCCUGGUGUUUACACAAACGUAGGCAGUUAUAUACGCUGGAUAGCCUACAAGAUUGCCACCAAAUGAACGAAGCAGUAAAAUUGAUCAGUACAUCAUUUGAAUAAGCAUCUGCCUAUGUAUGCCUAUGCCUUCCUAUGUAUGUUUAUAUUCACUGCGUGCUUUCACUUCACUGGAAAUUAUUUCUUUGGUUUAGUCUCGCCAAAGAAUCCGCAGAUGUCUAACGUAAAUAUCAAAACUUAUUUCUUCUUUAUUUUUUAUGUAGUUAUCUGUAUCAAAAAUGUAUAUUGUUAAUAAAGCUU